GGGGCGGAGUGAGGGAGAGGGAGGCGGGGAGCGAGUCCCGGACAUGUUGCGGCUCCUGCACAAAGUUCGGAGGGUUUUCUGCUGGGAAUCGGCCGCUCCGCUCCCGCCGCCCUGCCUGUAAUCCCGGAUCCCGGCGCCGGCAACAUGCGGAGCUCGGAGGAGGCGGACGGGGUGGAGGGAGAGGCGGCCGGAGCGUCGAUGAUGAGCGCGGCGGGCAGCCCGUAUCAGCCCACCACCGAGCCGGUGCUGCCCGGCCGCCGCCUGCACCUCCGCUGCGACACCGACUACCUGCGCUCUUCAUUCGGCCUCCUCAAGCUGCUGCAAGUGCUUCUGGCACUGAUUGCUUUCAUCUGCAUUGAGACGGUGAAGGAGUGCCUUCCCUGUGGUGGGCUGUACCUCUUUGAGUUUGUCAGCUGCACAGCAUUCGUGGUCACUGGGGUCUUGCUCUUGAUGUUCUGCCUCAACCUUCACACCAAGGUGCCACAGAUCAACUGGAACCUGACGGACCUGAUCAACACCAUCCUGAGUGCGCUGCUCUUCCCCAUUGCCUCCAUCGUCCUCACCGCCAUGAACCAUAAGAGCAGCGGGGAGAUCGCCGCUCUGGUGUUUGGGUACCUGUCCGCCGCUGCCUACCUGCUCAACUCCUACCUGGCGGUCAAGGUGUGGCGUUUGGGUGACCGGCGGCCGGUGGCUGUGCAGGCCAGUGAGUACACGCGGGCACGAUCCGAGUCCCGUGGAGAGGUGGAGGGACGGCCCGAGGUACAGCGGCUCGACGAGUGAGGGAGCUGCCCCCUCCCUUCUACUCCCUUCCCCUCUCCCUCCCCGCCACCCCCACCUUCCCCCCCCCCCCCCCCCCCCAGCACAAGGUACAGAGGCUGGAGGAGUGAAGGACAUCUGCCCCCCACCCCCUCUACUGCCCCCCCCCCAGCAUGGAGCCAGCGAGGGGGCAGUGAGUGAGGGGCCGAGCCAUCUCCGGGACUGGGCCGUGGAUGGAGCCGCCGUCGCUGCCAGAGGUUUCGAGCUGGAUCAGGGGACGCCUGCAAUCUGAAGGUGGAAAGAUGUGGCCUGUCCGUCCCUCAACAGACGCUGCCUGGUGCGCUGAGAUCCUCCAGCACUUUCUGUCUUUUUGUUCCAGAUUCCAGCGUCUGCAGUUCCUUGUGCCUCCCAGAAAAGAUCAUGUCCUUAUUCCCUGCUCUGAUUCACCCCGUCACACGAGAGUGAAUGUGAGCACGUGGGAACACGGGUUUGAGUGCGUUUAUGGAUGUGUGUGUUUCAGUGUGAGCUCGCUUAUGUGUGAGCGUGAGUGUGCUUGUGAUAGUGAGCAUGUGUGUGUGAGAGUGAGUAUAUGAGCAUGAGUGUGUCUGCGUGUGAGUGUGUGUCUGCGUGUGAGUGUGUGUCUGCGUGUGAGUGUGUUUGAGCAAGUGGGUGUGUGUCUGCGUGUGAGUGUUUGAGCGAGUGGGUGUGUGAGCGGGUGUGAGAGUGAUUGCGUGAGUGUGAGACGCUCCCGUCUCCAGCGUGGCCUAUUUACGGGGUGGAGGACGUUCCCCAUCUGCUUUCUGACCUCCCAUUGAAGAUGAGUGAGGAGUUGUUGGCGUUGCUGUAGCAAGGCUGCUGCAUGUUUGUGCACCUCCCCCGAGGCGGCGCCGUGCAACAGGGGCACCGCCAACGAUGCAUUACCCGCCGGUGAGCCUCCGGAUCUUCAGCUUCGACGCCGCCAUCAAGCGCAGGCACAGUUGCGACAUUGCAUUCUGCAAUGGACUUGGCAACCGUGCCGGCUGCUGCUCUCUGUCAACCUGGCCUCGACUUGCAGAGUCCUGAUUUGACCAGGAGCUGCUUUUCCCUCUCAUCCCCACACUCCCGAGCCUCACCACAUCUCCAGCGGUGUUGCUGGUUAUUAUUGGCGUGCAGGUUGCUGGGUGGGCUUGCUCCGCCAACCCCAGUGGAGACCCGCAGACGGCUGUGGUGGGGCUUCCAUCAUCUCCAUGCUAACAGAUAGACACAGAAAGCUGGAGAAACUCAGCGGGACAUGCAGCAUCUCUGGAGAGAAGGAUUGGGUGACCUUUCAGGUCUUCUCUCCAGAGAUGCUACCUGUCCCGCUGGGCUACUCCAGCUUUUUUGGUCUAUCUUCGGUUUAAACCAGCAUCUGCAGUUCCUUCCUACACAUCUCCACGCUUGCCUUCCCUUCACUGGUUGUCUGAGUGUUGCAAUAAUGCCCUCAGAGCUGUUAAUAGCUGAUUAUUUAUUACUAGACAGAGUUACUGAAUCAGAAUUGUUAAUGUAUCUGUUCAUAAAUGUACAAAGACAGUGACUUGCAUUUUUUCGAAAGCACCAUCAACAAUUGUUCCAAAGUGCUCUUCAGCCAAUGUCGGUGUCAACUUCUAGAGUCACAGUGCUGGACAACUGGGAAACAGAAUAUGGACAUUAUUGUGUCCAUACCGACCGCUGGCAUUCUGGGCUAGUCCCAAUUGUCCUAUUUGCAUUGGGCCCCAUAUCCCUCUAAACCUUUCCUUUCAUUUAGUUUAUUUGCACAUGUACCCAGGUAUAGUGAAAAGCUUUUUGUUGCGAGCUAUCCAGCCAGCAGAAGGACUGUACAUGUUUUAAAUUUAGAUGUACAUAGUGUGCAUAUACAGGAUUAGAGGAAUAAUAUUUAGUGCAAGAUAAAGUCCAGUAAAGCCCGAUUAAUGAUAGUCCGAUCGCAGAGUGGUGGGGUCUGGAACGCGCUGCCAGGGGUGGUGGUGGAGGUUGAUACGUCAGUGGCGUUUAAGAGGCUUUUAGAUAGACACAUGGAAGUGUAGGGAAUGAAGGGAUAGGGAUUACAUGCAGGCAGAGGAGAUUAGUUUAACUUGGCAUCAUGUUUGGCACGGACAUUGUGGGCCGAAGGGCCUGUUCUUGUGCUGUACUGUUCUAUGUUCGGUGGCUGUGAAACAGCUGAGGGAGUGCUAAAGGAAUGCAGUCCUGUGUUGCUGAUUCUUACAGGUUUAGAGUUUUGUUCGGCAGCUUUGUCCAAACUUCUGAGAAUCAGCGGGUUAGGAGAGGAGCAGCGCUGUGGAGCAGCGGGUAGUGCCAGGAUCACAGUCUGCGGAGUUUGUGCGUUCUCCCUGUGACCAUGUGGGUUUUCCCCGGAUGCUCCGGUUUCCUCCCACACUCCAAAGAUGUACAGGUUUGUAGGUUAAUUGGCUUUGGUAACAUUGUAAAUUUGUCCCUAGUGUGUAGGAUAAUGCUAGUGUACGGGGUGAUCGCUGGUCGGCGCGGACUCGGUGGGUCGAAAGGUCUAUUUCCACGCUGUAUCUCAAAAAAUAUCUAAACUCAAACAUGUUAUAUCUGUGGGGUACCCAGAAUUGGCCCAACAGCGUUGUAGUGGAAUAGCUGCUUUGAAGAGCCGUCCUAACAUUCCCAAGCACCAAUUACAUUUGCAGGGAGGGAAUGGGCAGAGAUGGUGGAGGGAACAUCACAUCAAUAUCCUCAUCUCACCACCAGGCGUCAGUGGCGAGCUGCCACCCAUGUUUAGAGUGGCCCAGUAUCACCUCAUCUGUUGGAAUCUGUAGUAAAGAGUUGUCUUCUAAACAAUAGAUUAGAAACAGGGAACUGGAGGUGCUGGGUUACAAAGAAAAACAGUGCUGGAGUAACUCAGCAGGUCAGGCAGCAUCUGUGGAGAUGAGAUUUUGGGCCAAGACCCUUCUUCGGACUGAAUUU